CUCAGUAUAAAUACCUUGAGCCCAGUGCCCUGGGAAGCAGCAGCUGCCACUCAGACAGACUCCACAACUAAGGAUAUAAAAGCUCAGCGCAAGGACAGCAGCCAGGAGCCCCCCUCCCACUGUUUCUUUGGAGCGUAAACCUUCCAGGUUUAGCUUCACAAGAUGGACCUGAGGGUCACAAGCGUUCUCCUCGUCCUCCUAGCUUUGGCUGAGGCAACCCCCGAGAGGUACUACCAUGUGCCAAAAGUGAGCAAGACUCCCUACCCCGUCAAGAGUCAUGCGGUUGCAGGCAGGGACGGUCCUCCAGGUCCUCCAGGUGCUCCAGGUGAGCCAGGACCAAUGGGACCACCUGGACCUCCUGGAAAGAGUGGUGUAGGACAUACUGGACCACAAGGCCCAGCAGGACCUCCUGGACCCCCUGGCUACUCUCAAGCAGGUAAACCUGGAGGCCCAGGUGGCCCUGGAAAACCUGGUGCCCCCGGGAUCCCAGGUGAGAGAGGUGCACCUGGAGCAACUGGACAAAUGGGUCCCAGAGGUGCACCUGGUACACCUGGACCACAUGGACCUGCUGGAAUUUCUUCUGUUGGAAAACCUGGACCAGCUGGCAUCCCUGGGGCAAUGGGACCAAGAGGAGAGCCUGGUUUGAAGGGACAUCCUGGUAUUCCUGGUCUUCCUGGCACCAAAGGAGAGAGAGGUAUUGGCGUUCCUGGAGUUCAAGGAUCACCAGGCCCAGUUGGACCAAUGGGCCCAGCCGGUAUGCCCGGCAAACCUGGAGUUGGUAAACCUGGUGCCCCUGGCUAUCCUGGAGAACCUGGAAAGAGUGGCCAACCAGGAAGAGAUGGUACUCCUGGGGCAAUGGGCAUGCAAGGGCCAAAAGGUCACACAGGGGCUCCAGGCACAGGAGCACCAGGGAAACCAGGCCAGAAUGGUACCCCAGGUAUGCCUGGACCUAUGGGUUCAAAAGGUCCACAGGGUCCUGCUGGUCAGCCAGGCUCCCCUGGCAUGCCAGGUGUUGGCAAAACAGGUGAACCUGGAAUACCAGGUAGCAGAGGAGCCCCCGGUACUCCAGGAACCACUGGUCAAAAAGGAGAGCCAGGCCCUACUGGUUUUACUGGUCAAUCAGGUGCUCCUGGUCCUAUUGGCCCAGCUGGUCCACAGGGAUCAAGAGGAUUCCAGGGUGAGGCAGGCCCACAAGGACCCAAAGGUGAUAUUGGUAUGGUAGGUGCACCAGGCCCAAGGGGAACCAAAGGUGACCAGGGAGCUCAAGGCUUCACUGGAAAACCAGGUGCCCCUGGGGCAGUAGGUCCUCCAGGAAUUCCAGGUCAUAACGGUGUUCAGGGUCAAAAGGGUUCACAAGGCCAUGCUGGUACCCCAGGACUUCCAGGUGCAAAUGGAGGCCCAGGACCAAAAGGACACUCAGGCACCCCAGGAGCACCAGGAAAAAGUGGCGAGAGUGGAAGGCCAGGACCCAUGGGACCAGUUGGCCCACCUGGUCCAGCAGGUCCCCAAGGGUUUAAGGGCCAUCCAGGUUUGCCAGGUCCACCCGGCCCAGCUGGCAUGACAGCUAAGGGAGUUUCUGGUCCUCAAGGUCCACCUGGAAUUCCAGGUGCCAGAGGUCAAGAUGGUCUCCCAGGUCCCUCCGGUCCUCCUGGUCCACCUGGCCCACCAGGAGAGAUGAUUUACCACCAUGAGAAGAGCAUGCCAAUUAAAUCCCACGAGGUUUACAUGUCUCAUGAGAUGAUGAAGGCCCCCAUGUCUGCCUUCAGUGCUGUGCUGACCACAGCCUACCCUCCAGCUGCGACCCCUAUUCAGUUCAACCAAGUUCUGUACAAUGGGGAGCACCACUAUGAUGCUCAAAGUGGUGUGUUUACCUGCCAGAUCCCAGGCCUCUACUAUUUCAGCUAUCAUAUCCAUGUCAAUGGUGCCAAUGCACUGGUGGCCCUCUACAAAAAUGAGGACCCAGUAGUUUUCACCUAUGACGAGUACAACAAGGGCUUCCUGGAUCAGAUGUCAGGCAGUGCUGUUCUUAUGCUGAAUGCCGGUGACAGAGUCUAUGUCCAGGUCCCUGAUGAUGAGAGUAAUGGUAUUUUUGCAGCAGACAAUGUUCACUGCGCUUUCUCUGGGUUCUUGAUUGCCUCAACGUGAUUUCACAAAUCCAAAUAAACCUCAAUACCUUACAAAACAGUGAACUACACAGAGAAAUAGAUCACUUUAUAAAAAUACAAAUUGAGAUUGUAGACUAAAUUCAAAAAUAUGGCUGGAAUUUUUUGAAAGUUUAACUGCCUCAUUCAAGUCUUUACAAUAAUGAAAAAAAUCUGCUGACAAAUUAUUCAACUGACAGAGGUAUAAAUGCAUAGAAAAAUGUUAAAAUAUAUGGUUCAAAUUGAUCCCUUUCCCCAUGUGUGUACCUUUCCAAUUUUAAGAAACAUGGAAUAUUGGAAGAUAUCUUAAGUGGUGCUUUACAACUGCCUGUAACAUUUACAGCAUGUCUUUUAUUUGUGUUUGUUUUUGUUAAUGUCUGUUGUUUAAGAAUUUUCCUGUAAUAUACAUACAAAAGACACGCAAAACUGUUGUACUAUAUGUUAUUAGAGAUCAACACAUUCUCAUCAGCACUGUGAUCAGCAAAACAACACAGAAUGAGAAAUUCAAACUGCAAUUUUUUUUAAAAACAACUAUGUCCCAUUGGAUGUGUUAAGUUAUGUACCACUUACUGACCAAAACACAGAAUAAAAGUUCUAGUUUGAAACAGAAAA